AUGACGCUCUACUACACGCUCGUGUUUUUCCUCCUCAUGAUGGAGAUGGCCAUGUUCAUGCUCCUCAUCCUGCCAAUGCCCUUCACCAUCAAGCGAAAGAUCUUUACCUUCAUCUCCGAAAACCCCAUCGUGGCCAAGAUACAGUACUGGAUGAAGAUCACGUUCGUCUUCAUCCUCAUCCUCUUCGUCGACAGCGUCAACCGCGUCUACCGCGUCCAGUUGGAGCUUUUGGCUGCGACGGAGCAGACUUCUAAGGGAGCGUACGUGACGCAAACCCCUCCACACCCCCCCCUUCCAUCACAGCCUAGCACAUUCGUUGACAGGCCUACCCUGGGCAGCGCCACCGUCCUAGGUCACGAACGACUCGAAGUUCAAGCGCGCAAGUUCUACUCGCAGCGCAACAUGUACCUUUGCGGCUUCACCCUCUUCCUCUCGCUCAUCCUCAACCGUACCUACGUCAUGAUCCUCGAGGUGAUGCGCCUCGAGGACCGUCUCCGCGUGUACGAGGGCACCAAGAAGGACGCCAAGGGGAGCGGUUCUGGCAAGCCUGUCGACGCCACUUCUGCGCUCCAAGAGAAGCUGGAGAAGAAGGACCUCGAUCUGCAGACGCUGAAGAAGCAGAGCGAGCAGCUGCACAAGAGCUACGGCGAGCUCAGCGACAAGUACACCGCACUGCUGAAGGAAGACGAGUCCAGGAAGUCGAAGUAG